GCCAGCCAAGCCAGCGGCCGGCAGCAGCUUUCGAUCAAAAUCUACACCAUUUUCUAUUCUAUCGUCACAGUCCACGGUCGAACCGAGUCGGUCUGGUCCAGCGCGCGCGUCGUUAUCUACUGAAGAACUGAUUGAUAAUCGCGAACCGAGUGAGGUUUUUAUGCUGCUGUUUCAAAGGACCAAGUGCUUUUAUUCAGAGUGCCUUUCGGUGUGGAACAAUCAAACGAUAAUAAUUUAUUGUUUCAAUUGCAUUGUGCGGCCCGGGUCAAAGUGAAUCUGUGUUGAAUGAAUACCACCGAACUUUCGUCGCCGUCGUCGUCGUCGUCGCGCGCUGCUUCGGGUGGGAACGAUUCUGCCGGUGUGCUAUUUUCGGUGACCGAUGAAACGAGUGGAGUGAUCGAGUUCGAAGGUUCCGUCGAAGAGCUGCAGGAAUCUGUGACCUCUGUGCUGGUUGAUGACAACUGGCCGGGACAAAUUCUGGUCGAGGGAGUUGAUGAGUUCGGGAGUGCAGUGGCCUUUCUCACCGACAGCCUAAACGGCCACAACAACGACUCGGCACUGGAUACGACCUCUUCGCCGGUGAUAACCGUGAUGGAUAUCGAACGGUUAGACGAGUCCGACGAGGAGGUCAAAAAGGCCGUCGAUCAGUACUACACCAAGCUGGAGAUGCCGGUCGGAUCGUCCGGUGAAGACGACGACGGUUGUGAUCCGGACAGCGCCUUUUUCAACAAAUACUUCACAUCGUACAAGAUGACAACGUUAAGGCAAAGCACCGCCGACGAUAUGCUGACCAUGGAGUCUGAUAUGAAAGGCGGCAUACUGCACGCCACAAUGCCGCCGCAUCAUGCUUCAUCCCUGCAUAGCCACUCAACGUCUCCGUACGGAGCGUUAGGGUCGCUGAGCAUGAUGAACAUCGGACAAUCACAGCUGGGUCACCAGGCGCAGCAUUUGAGCCAUCAGCAACAUUUGUCGCACAACAACAACAGUAGUUCGUAUGGCCAAACUCAUACGAAUCCACAUGGCUCUCCGUUGCAACCCGGUUCCGGCCUUAGUCCCAAUGGACCAUCGCAGGCAUCCCAGCAGCAGACUCCUCCAACGACAGGGCUCGGUAAUCAUCACAUCACCUCAACCGGCCAAAGUCAUGGUCAUGUAGGCGUCGGAGGAACUGUGAAUCAUAACAAUAACAAUACUAGCAAGGCAGCGCAAUUGAAUGCCGAUCGGGUGAAACGGCCGAUGAACGCCUUCAUGGUGUGGUCACGUGGUCAACGGCGGAAGAUGGCUUCAGACAAUCCAAAGAUGCACAAUUCGGAAAUCUCGAAACGACUAGGAGCGCAGUGGAAAGACCUCUCGGAAACGGAGAAGCGCCCAUUCAUCGACGAAGCAAAGCGAUUGCGUGCGGUUCAUAUGAAGGAACACCCCGAUUACAAGUACCGUCCACGUCGAAAGACGAAGACCCUGACGAAAAGCAAGGAGAAGUACCCUCUGGGCGUCGGUUCUCUGUUACAAUCCAGUGAAGGCAAUACCAUCCGGAAUACCAACACAAUUUCGGCGGCACAACAAGCGGCCGCGGCAGCAGCUGCCAACCGUGAUAUGUACCAAAUGCCUCCCAACGGCUACAUGCCGAAUGGAUACAUGAUGCACGAUGCGUCGGCGGCAGCGUAUCAAUCACAGUCACACUACAUGAGCAAUUAUCAUCGCUACGAUAUGGGUCAAAUGCACAACGCGGCCUCGACGGGUUCCUUGAACUCCUACAUGAAUGCGACCAGUUACGGUAUGUACGGAACUGUAUCCGGCGGGCAGACGUCUCCCUAUGGUUUACAGCAACCGGGAUCGCCCUACAGUUCAAUCCAACAGCAGCCAGGAUCUCCUUACGGUUUGAACCAACCUGGCAGCCAAAUCUCCUGCCAAAGUCAUAGUCCCAGUGAUUCCAGUGUGAAGUCAGAGCCCGUAUCACCUAGUCCAACGUCGACCAACAACAACCUGAUAAUGAAGCGUGAAUAUGGGCAACCUGCGGGUCCGGAUCUAAGCCAUCUCAUCAAUAUGUAUCACGUGCCAGACAUGCAAAGUGCAGAACAUCAGCGGAACCUAAUGCAGCACUACCAGCACAGUGCGUCGCCGGAUCUUCAAUCUCAACAGCAGCAAGUCCUCCGGACGAUGGCCCCCAUCUCGCACAUGUGAGAUUUGGCCAGUUCCGUGGGUCUCCAGUCCAUAACCUCAUCAUCACCGGGAGCGCUGGCACCGCCUUUAUCGCCGGUGCUCAACUCCGGCACCGGUCCGCCACUGUUCCACAGCCAUCCGGCGGGACCUCCAACGCAAUCAUCCUCGUCCUCGUCCUCGUCGCCGCUGUCGUCCUACCGCCAUCAUCAUCACCAUCACCACCAUCAUCACCUGAGCAAUGGCGGUGGGCCCGGUCUUGCCGUCGGUGUCGGUGGUUCCAGCAGCAGUUGUAGCAGUCUCAGCCUUGGCCAUAACCUCAACGCACCGUCCUCGGUCUCGCCCACGGGCACCGAUGCCGGCAGUAGUCUAGGACAUCAGCUUCAUCAUCACAUCAGCAAUUGUGUUAGUACCGAUAGAACUAAUCAUUUAAUGGACAUAUCGCCCCUCUAAUCCUCACUUUGCCCUUCCCUAUACGGUCGGUUUGCGAUAACGUGAACUACACUCAGUCUAAGUUAGUAAUUUCGCUUCCAAAAACGUUUGUACGUUGUUAAGUUUGACCCGUUUUUCCCAUUUUUCCGCCCGAAUCCCGGAAGUCAACAGAUCGUGAAGAGCAAAUUGCAAGAGGAAGAAAACACAGUGUGAUAUUAUUUUGAUUUUUCUUUUCGUAACGAUCGAUAUGAAUUUGUGCAUUUUUUUUUAUUUGGAUUCUCUCUAUUUUGUAGCUUUUAAAAGUUGAAUUAUCUAUUUA